AUGGAUGCUCAGUACCCUUUUGCUUCACGUGACGACAUCUGGCGCGUCUUCGAAGAGCUGAAGGAGCUCCAUGCUACACAGUUCGAGCAGGCGGAGCGAAUCGCAAGACUCGAGCGGCGAAGGGACGAGGAUGCGAGAUUGAAAAGCGUCUGGGGCCCUCUGUCACCGUUUCCUACAUCCGUUGCAGGCACAAUACCCACAGAGCCUAUCUUCCAUUCGCCGGCCGACGCCUUCAAAGGGUUCGAUCAGGGACAGCAUCACGGGGGUGGGGGGACCAUGGGCAUAGAGAGCGAAGAGGAGCCAAGACGAGGGACAUCCAGAGCGAAUAGUGUUCGGUUUGAUGAAAGCGCUAUUCACGGUUACUAUGGACAAACUAGUCGGUCCACCAGCGAGCUUCCACUGAGAACCGGGAGUGGCAUGGGGAGCCAUCCGCUGACCGAGCGGUCUCUGUCUCACCGGUCUGACGGACGACUAAGCUCAUCGGGACAUUCCCAUCACUCGGCACGUACCAACAGUCUGGGGUUGGAAACCACCAGCAGAAUGAUGGGCUCUUCUGUCGGUGGCUCCCCCCUCAUUCCUCCACCAGGGCUUUUUCUCCUUGGCCCUGUACCCUGCAUUAUACGGUGCUGGUUGACGACCAACUUCUCCAAUGACUCGCUCCUGUAUGCCGCGGUCUGCUCGGGAUCCUAUAAGUCUUCAUUGGGCUUUCCCAUGAUCCAAAAGCUGGGUCUCGAAAGCUUGGUAACACAGGAGGAAGACUUGCAGUUCAUCAAGCUCCCGAUGUAUCUCCCCGAAGCUAGUAUUCACCAAUCAUCUUCCAGGCCCAGUAGCCCAGCCCCCCAGCUGCCCGCACUGACUGUUCGAUUCCUUGUCCGUGAUAUCGAUCUCAAUGAUCCUUCCAUCCAGAUUGUUCUGGGCAGUGAUAUUCUUCGUUCCCAUAAUGCAGAGCUGCUCUUCUCACAGGACAAGAUUAUCAUGGUGGACGAUGAGCGGAAUAAGAUCUCGAUCCCUCUUGUGCGGCCCGAAGACGACUCGGCCUUCAAGUUCCUUCGCACGGCAUCGGAUGCCUCGCGUACGACGGGCACGACACAAUCGCUUCAGGCUAGCCCUCAACCAGACACCAAUGGCCAUUCGGUCGGUGUAAUUGGCCCACCUAGGAGUUUGUCUCGACAGUCCAGGUCAGCAUCUGCUUCCGCUAGAGACUCAACUGAGGAACCUGAAGAGAGUCGAAAGACAUCUUUGGAUACCCAGGAACUGCCAAGGAGCGCCGAACCCACCAGCGUGAGCAAGCCCACUGUAGUCGCGGAGUCUCCACCGGAGGGCCCGACAAAGGUGGAGCCAGCCGGGGUUUGGGGUUCGUGGAAACGCGAUACCAGAUUGGAUUCCAAUGCCUCCACCGCCGGUAAGACCUCCAGGACUCGCCCGAUGAAAGUCUUGCGCCCGAUCAAGUCUUCCUCUCGAACGUCAUCCGCUACGACAGUGCCCACUAGCUCCAGUCACGAUGCAGUCCCGGUGCCCUCUCAGCCGGCGUCGUCACGAGCGUCCCCAGACGAGACUCGGACGGGUAAACCAUGGGUAUCCAAUCCCAUUGGCGGCGCUUCUGCGUUUGGAUGGCUCAAUUCGUCUCAACCGACCCGGGCUGUGACGAACCCUAAAUGA